CCCUAUAAAAAGCAAGAACCCUGCGACCGCCUAUCAGUGAAACCUAAGAAAAACUCCCGCAGCGUACAGGCAAACUCUCAGCCUUUUAAAGAUGACUCGAGUGUGGACGUGAAGCAAGAGCAGCACUGAAGACUGAUGCAGGGAUGUUCUCACACAACUUUUGGGAUGCUUUAUAGUGUGCAACUGUUGUGUUCGAAGCUUAUUUUUAUUUUUUUUAUAGACCGAAGUUUGAGAAUUAAAGAAGCAAAAAUAAAUCUUUGAUUGUCACAGAACAAAAACACCAACGAGCGUUUGACUGAACCUGAUGAUAGAGCUGACAGAAAUCAUGAAGCGAAGAAAAUAUUGCUUUAUUUUCAAAAUAUGAAAACAUAUGUCUUCAGGGAUGGAGCGCAGCGACCAUUUCAAUUUCAAGCCAACACCUGCCCAAUUCGAGGUUUUAAACAGCUCGACCGGCACAAAUGUGACUUUAACACCUAAAACGGACGAAAACCAAGAAAGUUUCGCUUUCCAAGUCAGCUUGGCAUCAGUUCUCGGUCUCAUCACUAUUGCAACGAUAUUAAGCAAUGCAUUUGUCAUCGCCACCAUUUCCCAGUCCAGAAAGCUCCAGACCCCGGCGAACUUCUUGAUCGCGUCCCUGGCCGUCACGGACCUUCUGGUGUCGGUGCUCGUGAUGCCCAUUUGCGUGCUGUACACGGUCACUCGCGAGUGGACGCUCGGGCAGGUUAUCUGUGACAUCUGGCUGUCCUCAGAUAUAACCUGUUGCACCGCGUCCAUACUUCACCUCUGCGUAAUCGCCUUGGAUCGAUACUGGGCAAUAACGGACGCGGUCGAGUACUCCAAGAAGCGCACCCAAGCGCGCGCCGCGGGGAUGGUGGCCACCGCCUGGGUCAUCGCCAUCUCCAUCUCCCUUCCGCCUUUCUUCUGGAGACAGGUGAAGGCAGGGGAGCUGACCACCUGCUCGGUCAACACGGACCACAUCUUCUACACUAUCUACUCCACUUUCGGAGCUUUCUACAUCCCUACGCUGUUGCUCAUCGCCCUGUACGGGCGGAUUUACGUGGAGGCGAGGAAGCGCAUUUUGAAGCAGUCUCCCAAAAAAGCGGGAAAAAGACUCACUUCGGCACAUCUCAGCAGCAAUUCACCCGCUUCGGUGGCUUCGACCUCUCCUUUGCAUUGUGGAAGGCACGACCUCUGCUCGGACACUGGGUCUCUUGGCAGUGACAAUCAAAUUAGAGUAACAGUGUCCGAUUCACUAUUGGAGAAAAAGAGAAUAUCGGCUGCGCGCGAGAGGAAAGCCACCAAAACCCUGGGCGUUAUUUUAGGAGCUUAUAUUGUGUGCUGGUUGCCGUUUUUCAUUUACACAUUGCUGGUUCCCCUCUGUCCAUCCUGCUUUUCCGCAGAACUCUUUGACUUUUUCACAUGGCUUGGCUACGUCAAUUCACUGAUCAAUCCAAUAAUAUACACCAUGUCGAAUGAUGACUUUAAAAAAGCUUUUCACAAACUCAUAAGCUUUAGAUGUUGCAGACGAUAGUAAAAUAAAUAAAUAUAGAGGAUAAUGGUCAGUCAGUCGGUCCUUAACGCAAGUGUUAUCACGGCACUGUGUCG